UUAAGUUUUUCUAUUGCUAGGAAUCCAGAGCAAAAAUGUCAAACCAACCCGUCGUCAGUUGUUUGCCUGUCACAGCGAACAAAAUGUCGAAAGCAAAGAAGGUGCUGGAUGAAGCGCGCGAGACCAAAAAUCGUGAAAUUGACCUGGUGGAUCGCAACAUUUCCACCUUUAACGAGUUACCCGGAUUGCUGAAUAUGCUGUUUGUGACCAGAAUAACACUGAGCCACAACAAACUGAAGACUGUUCCACCCGGCAUUGCAAAUUUAAACAACUUGGAAAUAUUAAACCUUUCCAACAAUUUCCUGGAAGAGCUUCCACUGUCCCUCUCGUCGAUGCCAAAGUUGAGAAUUUUGAAUUGUUCAAUUAACCGCCUGAAUACGCUGCCACGUGGUUUUGGUGCUUUUCCCGUCCUGGAGGUGCUGGAUUUAUCGUACAACAAUCUAAACGAACAUGUGCUGCCGGGCAAUUUCUUCAUGAUGGAUUCUCUACGGGCGCUCUAUCUUGGCGAUAACGAGUUCGAAUACUUACCGAAGGAGAUAAAAAAUUUGAAAAAUCUACAAAUUCUCGGACUGCGGGACAACGAUUUGCUGGAACUGCCUAGAGAAAUCGGUGAACUGACGCGCAUUCGCGAGCUGCACAUUCAAAACAAUCGGCUCAGUGUGUUGCCACCGGAAAUCGCCAAUCUGGACAUGCCGGGACCCAAAUCCGUGCUAAAGAUGGAGGAGAAUCCUUGGGUGACGGCGAUCGCUGAACAGUAUCUCGUUGGUAUCAGUCACGUGCUCGAGUACAUCAAGACGGAAGCAUACAGAAUUCUUUACAACCGUCACAUGCAAUCGGGAGGUAAAACGGCGGGAGAACUUCCUCCGAAAUCGGACAAAAGUAAAAAAGCGUCCCGAGCACGAUCAUAAAAUAAAAG